UUUUACAGAUUAUGUUCAGUCAUUAGGGGUGUGGCCAGACACACAUGUGGUAGCAUAUGAUAGAUAUGGCCCACUGUCUGCAUACAGGACUUGGUGGCAGUUUAGGGUGUUUGGUCACAGAAAUGUAUCAGUGUUGGAUGGGGGACUUAAGAAAUGGCUGGAUGAUGGAUUUGAAGUGUCAGAAGAGGAACCUGAAUAUGAGAGAUCUGAUUUUGUUGCCAAGCUUGACAAAACAUUGUUUCGUAAUUAUGAUGAAGUUCUUGAUAUCUUGAAGUCAAAGAAGUCACAACUUGUAGAUGCUAGAGCUCUCAGUCACCCAACUAUAGUAGAUGAGGAGAGUGGGGGUGGCUAUAUAGCAGGCUCCAAACAUGUCAGCUUUCCAGAAUUAUUCUCAGAAGACGGAACAAUCAAACCAGACUCGGAACUUAAAGCAAUAUUUGACAGAGCUGGAGUAGAUCUAGGUCAUCCUAUAGUUGCAACAUGUUUCCGAGGUUUUACAGCAUGUGGGGUGGCAGCAGCUGCUCAGAUCCUCGGCAAGGAAAAUGUUCCCGUUUAUGCGGGAUCUUGGGAAGAAUUUAAUUUAAAAGGAUAUAAGGAAUAUAAAGGAAUAGUGCCAAAGAAGUCAUAAUCUCAAGUGCUUAUAAUAUAUUACAUGUAUAUCAUGACUAUUUUUAUAAUCAAAAGCUAUUACAGGAAAGUGCUUUAACUGUG